GGGGCGUGAAGGGCUUCACCAGCUGUUUAUCUGCUCUUUACCUCUCCCUCUUCAGAAUUUAUCGGUCAGUGGGUCAGAGGGAGCUGUGCUGUCCUUGUCAUGGCGCUAGUGACAGAUGAACAAGUGCACAAGUUCCACAAGGAUGGAUUCCUGGUCUUGGAAGGGAUGUUCAGCCCAGAGGAGUGUGAGGCUUUGAAGCAGGAAAUAGUGAAGGUCCUGCAGGAUAUGGAUGUGCCCCCUCACUGCCGCACGGUGUUCACAACACAACACGAGGAGCAGCUCCAUGCACAGGGAAAUGCAGAUUAUUUCCUCACCAGCGGAGACAAGAUCAGAUUCUUCUUUGAAAAGGGGGUGUUUGAUGCUACAGGUGACUUUUUGGUGCCAAGAGAGAAGUCUGUGAAUAAAAUCGGACACGCUUUACAUGCGCACGUUCCUCUAUUCCGUCAUGUGACACAUUCAGCAAAAGUGCAGGAGAUCGCUCACCGGUUGGGCCUGGUUAAACCCGUCAUUGUGCAGAGCAUGUACAUAUUUAAACAACCGGGCAUUGGAGGUGAAGUGACCCCACACCAAGAUGCUACGUUCCUGUACACAGAGCCGCUGGGGGCUAUCACUGGCUUCUGGAUAGCGGUACAAGAAGCAACAGAAGAGAACGGUUGCUUGUGGUUCAUUCCCGGUUCCCACCGUGCUGGGAUCUCGCGCCGUAUGGUCCGUACAACCCCCGGCACGUUCCCACUCACCCAGUUUGUUGGGGAAGAACAGAACUACAGAGAUGAUGAGUUUGUUCCAGCUCCUGUUACAAAAGGGAGUCUGGUUCUCAUUCACGGAGAGGUUGUACACAAGAGCGAGAUGAACAACUCUGCAAACUCUCGUCAUGCCUACUCCUUCCAUGUUAUGGAAACAAAAGAUACAAGAUGGAGCCCUGACAACUGGCUCCAGCCAACCUCUGAACUGCCGUUCCCUUCUUUAUACACAUGAGACGACCUGGACAACGUGGAUAAAAACUGACUUGAAAAUAAAAAUCUGUGAACAAUUUA